AUGGUCCUACUAAAGAACGAUAACAGUGACGGCCGAGGCCUACCAUUAGGCAAGCCUCGGACCAUGUCUGUCUUUGGGGCGCACGCGGGCCCGAAUAUGGCUGGGCCGAACAUGGAAUUCAGUAUCGGGGGAUACCCGUCAGACUCCUAUGAUGGGCAUUGCGCAACGGGUGGUGGCUCAGGACAGGGGUCGUUUCCAUAUCUCAUCACACCGUUCAACUCUUUGAGCAAUCGAGCUGUUCAGGACGGUAGCAUGAUAUGGUGGAUUUUGAACAAUACUUAUACUGCGCCCAUAUCCCCAGGUAUCCCGGGCGGCGGCGGUGGCUUUCCAGGUGGUGGCGGCUUCCCAGGAGGUGGUGGAGGCGGCGGCAUUCCCGGAAUACCGGGCAACGGCAGUACGGGUUUUGCAGGCGGCGGCAUGGGUGGACUUGGAGGAGGGACAGCAAUGACACCAUCUAUUCCAAAUUACUCGCUCAAUUCCGAGGUUUGCCUGGCCUUUAUCAACUCAGCCUCUGGCGAAGGCUCCGAUCGCAAGGAGCUAUCCAACACGGAGCAGGAUGCCAUGAUCAACACGGUUGCGGCCAAUUGUAACAAUACUAUUGUUAUUGGCAACUUUGCCGGCCCUCGCGUCCUAGAGGCGUGGAUCGAACACCCGAAUAUUACCACCGUGCUCUAUUCGGGGCUUCUAGGACAGGAAAGUGGCAAUGCCAUCAUGGACGUGCUAUAUGGAGACGUGAACCCCAGUGGCAAGCUAUCACAUACUAUUGCCAAGAACGCAACUGACUAUCCGACCACGACUUGUAUGACAGCAGAAUGCGAUUUCAGCGAGGGCGUCUUUCUCGAUUAUCGAUAUUUUCAAUCCAAUAACGUUUCAGUACGGUACCCUUUUGGCCAUGGACUCAGUUAUACUUCGUUUUCCUACGGCGGCUUAUAUGUUACGAGUACUAAUGCGACUGCGUUGGCGUCCCGGAAUCCCAUGGGUGUGCUCACUCUGGGUGGCCAGGCUGAUUUGUUUGAUGAGAUUCUGGCCGUUAGUACGACCCUCCAAAACUCUGGGUCCGUGGCUGGCGCAGAGGUUGCUCAGCUGUAUAUAAGCUUCCCCGAGGAGGCUGGACAGCCAUUGCGCGUUUUACGCGGCUUUUAA